CCCGCAUUGACUUCCUGCCGAGGCUCCAAACUGUAAUUGUUACGUCGAUAUGUUGCACAAGCUUUUAUCAUCGUCAGGAACCACUUUCAAAAAAAGAAAAGCCGAGGGGUUAAAAAGUCACUAGGUUAGCUCAACAGUUGUUCUUUACUAGCAAAACGAGAGAAAUGAACAACUUAACCUAGGUACAAUAAUUAAACCAAAAACAAAAUAACAGUGACCUCAUCACCAUCAUCUGGACUACACGCACAGAGAAGAGCUUUGUCAUCUAUCGUCCAAUUAGUGAACCUCGGAUACCCCGCCAACGAAGCUACUAUCACGAGUCGCGCCAUCUUAACUUCGGCUUCGUCGGCCAAUAUCCCGCAACUACAGAAAACCCAAAUUCCCAAAGUCAACAUCAGCUCAAUCACCACAAUGGCUUCCGCUACGACAAUCUACGACUUCAAGGUCAAAGAUAAGAAGGGUGCCGAACUGCCCCUAGCCGACUACAAGGGCAAAGUUGUCCUAAUCGUCAACACGGCGUCCAAGUGUGGCUUCACUCCGCAGUACGCCGGGCUCGAGAAGCUAUACAAGGAUAUCACUGCGAAGCACCCAGAUGACUUCACCAUCCUCGGCUUCCCCUGCAACCAGUUUGGCGGCCAGGAGCCCGGCACCGACGACGACAUCCAGAGCUUCUGCCAGAUCAACUACGGUGUCACCUUUCCCAUCCUAGGCAAGACGGACGUGAACGGCGACAAGGCCGAGCCGUUGUUCGAGUGGAUGAAGGCCGAGAAACCCGGCCUCCUCGGCAUGAAGCGGGUCAAGUGGAACUUUGAGAAGUUCUUGAUCGGCAGGGAUGGCAAGGUCAAGGAGAGGUGGGCUAGUACCACGAAGCCCGAGAGCUUGGAGGCGCCCAUCCUGGCGGAGCUCGAGAAGAAGGCGUAAGUCUUUGCUUGUGCUUGGAAAUCUACCUUUCCAGCGUCUUAUGGCCGUUCUAUAUGUAUGUACGUGUUGACGAUUCGCCCUUAGAGUGGCUAUGAUAUAAUAACAUGAGGCGAUCUCCUCUUUCCGGGAAAAACAUGAACGGAUUAGAUUUACUUACAAGUGACAAUUCUAUUGUUCUCGUUUUAUCAAGCGCAUAAUAGUAGAAACGCAUACGUCUGGAAGGUGGUUUUUACGAAAUCCGGUGUCUUAGCAACAGCUUCUCCAUAGAAUAAUAGAACUCGAACGUUCC